UAGCCAGGGGGGGUUCGGGGGGUUCGAACGAACCGCCCACUUUGCCAAUGAAGUCCCACCUACAACUCCCGCGAGAUAUAGAACUGCGAGGUGAAGACGACGUUCACUCUGUCCUGGCUUGGAAGGCAACACGGUGGAUUCAAACGGUUUCUGUGCUGGAUACCAACCUUGAUGGGUAGGUGCAAGCAGAAGGACAGAGAGAGGAAAAGAGCAGCUGAAGGUUGUGCUUCAAUGUUCAACUUUGUUUCAAAGAAACCGAGAGUUCCAGAUGAAGGCAGUGCAAGUUUGGUGGGUACCAGUGCUUCUAAUGAUGAAGAUGGCUGCCUCCAUGCUGAAAGAAGUAACGAUGAUCAGCUGAAAACGCAGUCCAUUUACACAGGUCCACAAGUGUCUUCAUAUGACAUUGGAAAGGUCAUCCAAGCCACCAUGAGUCACACUGAAAUAGAUGAGGCUAUUAACAACAUGUCACCUGGGGACAAGUACAUGAUGUUGAAGAACCACGUCAAACCAGGGUCGGACUACAUUUUCCCAAAAACUUAUACAGGUGGAUGUUACAGGUCAUUUAAACUCUCUUGGCUUCAAGAGUUCAACUGGAUGGUUUAUAGCCAAAAUGUGGAUGGUGUUUUCUGUCUGGGCUGUUCACUGUUCUGCACAAAUCGUUCUGCAAAAGGAUCGUUUGUCACCCGCCCUUUUACAGCAUGGCAGAAAAAAGCAGAAAAGUGCCGUGAACAUCAGAGUUCAAAGUACCACCAGGAGGCUCUUCAGCUAAAGGAUGAGUUUCUGUCCUCAAUGGAGAAACCAGCAGCAAAUGUCAGGACACUACUGGACAAGCGGAAGGCUGAUAAUGUGAGGAACAAUCGGGAAGUGGUAAAAGCCGUGGCUGAGACUGUUUUGUAUUGUGGCAGGCAGUGCAUUGCACUUCGAGGUCAUGUAGAGACACCUAAUGAAGAGAGAAAUCCUGGGAAUUUUCUGAGACUGCUACAAUUAGUUGCCAACCAUAAUGAAACUGUGAAAAAUCAUCUAGCCUCACCUAUGAUGAAGAAUGCAACAUACAUAUCCCCACAAACGCAGAAUGAGAUUUUGGACAUUAUGGGAAAUGACUUCAUUCUCAGCGGUCUUGUCACAGAAAUUAAGGAGGCCAAGUUCUACUCAAUCCUGGCUGAUGAAGUAACAUCACACAACAUUGAACACAUGGCAUUUUGUGUGCGUUUUGUGGACAGAGAGAGCAACAUUCGAGAGGAGUUUCUGACGUUUGUGCCACUUUCCCACACUACAGGUGUUUAUCUUGCCAAGACAAUUCUACAGACAAUUGAGAAAAUUGGCCUAGAUCCCAGCAACAUACGUGGCCAGGGUUAUGAUGGUGCGGCAAACAUGUCUUCACAAAAUGUUGGUGUUCAAGCAGAGAUCAAAAAAAGAUACGAAGUGUGA